CACAGCAGAUGUACAUGAAGAUACAGCACAUACAAAAAAUCUAUUUAGUAUACUGAUACACUUUAAAAAAAAAAACUAAACAAAAAAAAUCCUAAAAGUGUAUGUAGUCAGCAUGAAGUGGACUUGGUGUGACCCUUAGGAGGUAAAACAAUCAUGGAAUCAACAAUGACUCAAAGCCAGUUGGACGAGGUGGAAAAAUUACUGACCAGUAUAAUCUGCAUGUUGAAUAAGUAUUCCCAGUCUGAGGCAUUGCUCACAUUAGUUGAGGAACCCCAAUCUGAGCAGGCUAUGAUACUCACCUAUGAUUCGGUUCAGCCUAUCAGUCCCGUCACAGAGGCAGAUGUACGGAGGUCCAAUGGAUUCUGCCUGGCCAACACUGAAACUAUACUUUAUGACGCAUCAUUAUUGAAAGAAAGUGAGAAAUCAAAGUGUGAGAAAGACCACUGACUAUUUUUUCAGUAAAGCUGAUUGCUUUAAAUUAAAUAGU